AUGGCUCUGGGGGUCCGGGGGCUGCGCCUCUGGCGGGCCGCCCCUGCUGGCGGGGCUGGCUGGAGAUUGAUAGCAACAUCGCCAGCUACGCACCUGUCACCGACAGAACGGAUAGAAAUGCAGAAUGACCUCUUUAAUAAAGAGAAAAACAGGCAGUUAUCAUUAACUCCUCGAACUGAGAAGAUUGAAGUUAAACACGUUGGGAAAACGGACCCUGGCACUAUCUUCGUGAUGAAUAAAAACGUUUCAACUCCUUAUAGUUGUGCUAUGCAUUUAAGUGAGUGGUACUGCAGGAAGUCCAUUCUGGCUCUUGUGGACGGACAGCCUUGGGACAUGUAUAAACCUUUGACCAAAUCCUGUGAAAUUGAAUUUCUUACUUUCAAAGAUCGUGAUCCUGGAGAAGUGAAUAAGGCUUAUUGGCGUUCCUGUGCCAUGAUGAUGGGCUGUGUGAUAGAGAGGGCAUUCAAAGAUGAAUAUGUGGUCAAUUUGGUCAGAGCUCCAGAAGUUCCUGUAAUCUCUGGAGCCUUCUGCUAUGAUGUAGUUCUGGAUAAGAGACUUGAUGAGUGGAUGCCAACAAAAGAGAACCUGCGUUCCUUCACAAAAGAUGCCCGUGCUUUAAUUUACAAAGAUCUUCCAUUUGAAACUCUGGAAAUGGAAGCAAAAGUGGCAUUGGAAAUAUUUCAGCACAACAAGUACAAAACGGAUUUCAUAGAAGAGAAGGCAUCUCAGAACCCUGAGAGGAUAGUCAAGCUGCACAGAUUUGGUGACUUCAUUGAUGUGAGUGAGGGUCCUCUUAUUCCAAGAACAAGUAUUUGUUUCCAGUAUGAAGUAUCAGCAGUUCACAAUCUUCAAGCCACGCAGUUGAGUCUUGUACGAAGAUUCCAGGGUCUGUCUUUACCGGUACACUUAAGAGCACAUUUUACUAUAUGGAAUAAGCUAUUGGAGAGAUCUCGGAAAAUGGUAACUGAAGAUCAAACUAAACCUACAGAGGAAAGUGCAUCGACCCAGUAAUUUCCUAAAAAUUAAAUAUAUAUAGUAA